CAGAACUGAUACUUACUAGCAGUUGCCACUCAUUACCAGUAAGUUGACUCACUGUACAAGACCUCUCCCCUUCACUUCACUCUACUGCAGGGUGGGAGAUGCAACAAUGGCCUUGAGAACAGCAGGAAGUGUGUUGGUGGUCUUUCUCUGGUCUGUAGCAGUGGUACUGGGUCAGGAUGGCUGGAGUGUGACAUACACCACUCAGAGUAUCUGUGCCUUGAAGGGGUCAACAGUGAACAUGUCCUGCUCUUACACAUAUCCCAGUGGUACAGUCACAACAACCCUCUGGUUCACUAAAAUUGAUGCUGAGGGGAAUCCUGUUAGUCUGAGUGAUGACCCAGACUAUAAAGGUCAUGUGACGUAUCAUAGAGAUAACAAGAAUAACUGCACUCUGACAAUCACAGACCUGAGAGAGAGUGACGCAGCUACGUACUGGUUCAGAUUUAUAACAGAUCAGACUGGAGGGAAAUAUUCUGGUGAUCCUGGAAUCACUCUGUCUGUCACAGAUGUGCAGGUGAAGGUGACUCCUUAUUCACAGAUUUCAAAAUGGAAGACACUGACCUGUAGCACCACCAACUGUCCUCUGACGGGUAACCCCCCCUACAUCUGGUACAAGAACGGACAGAUAGUAACUGAGAAUACUUCCCCCUAUUCAGUCCUCCCUAAUGCUGUAGACAGCUACUACUGUGCUGUAAAAGGCCAUGAGGAUCUCAGCUCUCCUGCAGUGUAUAAACCAAAGAACACCUCAGUGUCAGUCAGUCCCUCUGGUGAAAUAGUGGAGGGCAGUUCAGUGAAUCUGACCUGCAGCAGUGAUGCCAACCCACCUGUGCAGAGUUACACCUGGUGGUACAAGAAGAAUGGAGGUGACUAUCAGAGUAUGACAGGACCACAGCAUGUCUUCAAUCAAAUCCAGUCAUCUGACAGUGGAGAGUACUACUGUGAGUCCCAGAAUGAGAUGGGGACAGACAGGUCUAGGACCAUAAACAUGGAUGUGAAGUAUGGCCCAAAGAACAACUCAGUGUCAGUCAGUCCCUCUGGUGAAAUAGUGGAGGACAGUUCAGUGACUCUGACCUGCAGCAGUGAUGCCAACCCACCUGUGGACAAAUACAUCUGGUACAAGAAGAAUGGAUCUUCACUGACAGGAUCUGAAAAGACAUACAAUUUCACGACCAUCAGCUCUGGGGACAGAGGAGAAUACUACUGUGAGGCUGAGAAUAAAUAUGGACGUCUCAAUUCUUCUUCUGUGUCUGUGGACGUUCAAUAUGGCCCAAAGGACACCUCAGUGUCAGUCAGUCCCUCUGGUGGAAUAGUGGAGGGCAGUUCAGUAAUUCUGACCUGCAGCAGUGAUGCCAACCCACCUGUGGACAAAUACACCUGGUACUUUCAAAAUGAGACUUUUCUAAAUGGAUUUGGAGAGAUCUACAACAUAAGUAACUUCCAGUCUAAGGACAAUGGACAUUACCACUGUGAGGCCUGGAAUAGAAGAGGAUCUAGGAACUCUACAGCUCUGAUGAUCUUUUUACCAGAGAAACAAACAUCAGAAAUCAUAGUGGUUGUUCUGGUUGUCAUCCUCUGUCUCGUUUGCUGCAUGUCGCUCAGGAAAUGCACAGGAGGAUGUGAUUCCACAGCAAACACACAGAGUCCAUCCUAACCCUAACAGUGACACGGACUGAAGAGAACCACCACAUAACCUGGACUGAAGAGAACCACCACAGAACAUGGACUGAAGAGAACCACUACAGAACAUGGACUGUAGAUCUUCAACACCAAACUAAAGGAAGGCCUUACACCUCUAUUCUCCUGCUAUCGUAUUGCUAUCAUAUCUAGAAGAUUUUCCAGACCAUUAGUAAUGAAGAAAAUGCUGGAUUUGAACAAUCAUUCCUUGAUAUUAUAAUGAUGUAGAUUGAUAAUAAAUGGGAUAGAUUAUGCUUCUACUCUUUUCUGUGGGAUUUUGCCAUUUACAGUUUUUUUAUAACAUAAAUAGCAAUCUUUUCGUGUGUACAUAUUUGUUUACUAUCCAUAGUAAAUAUGCUCCAGAUUUUUUUCUAUGGGAUUUUGCUAUUUCCAGAUUUUUUGAAUACCUAAUGUACUUUUCUCCGUGACUAAUAUGGAUACUACUGUUAACAGCUUUUUAAUGUGUAUUGCUCUUGGACCAAGUUGCGCUUGAUAUGUUCAAAUGAUCUACUUUGUAUUGCUGUCAGGCAUUAUUGCGCAAUUGCCUUGAUGAAAAAUAAUAUUAAUACCAUAAUCAAGCUGGUUUUAUUGUCAAAGUAUACAUUAUUACCUAUUUUAGACACAUUAGAAUAUGUAUAGAUAACAGGCUAAAUUAGACUAUAUAUGGUAACAGGCUACAUUAGACUAUAUAUAGAUUACUGCACACAUUGACUAUAUAUAGAUUACUGAAUAAUAAUAAUAAUAAAAUAAUACUUAUUUUCCACCAUAAUUUGCAAAUAAAUUCAUAAAAACUC